AUGAAGACGGAAAUCAAAUCAUUAAAAGAAAGAAUUUCUGUUCAGAAUGACAUCGAAACUGAGUUAAAUAAACGUCGGAUGCAAAUUUUCAACCAAAGCUAUUCAAUUCCAGUUCAAACCACCCUUGAAAUGGCCGCUUCAUUCAAAACUUCACCAAAUUGCAACGAAAAAUUGGCAGAACUUGAUGAAUUAAAUUCACAGAUUUAUAAAUUAACAGUCCAGAUUGAUCGGAUUCACGAUCAGACUGCAAAAUAUAUAUUUACACCAAUCCAUAAUGAUAAAAAACUUAUAUCUCUUCAAAAUGAAGUUUCUUAUCUUGAAUCUCGCAUUAAUCAAAAGAAAUCAUUUAUCGAGGCCCGGAAACAAGCAAUCACUAAGGCAGAUAUUUCAUUACAGAGGAUAUCCGAAGACUGUUACUUGUUAAUUUGUAAAAACGAACACCAGAUGUAUUCAUUGCUCUUAAAUGAACUUCAGAGUUGGAAAUACAUCAAUGUUAAGGAAGAACUCAACACCCUAAUGAAUUGGAUGGGAAAUUUGAAUUUAAAUUUAGUAUAA